AUGGCGUAUGCGUCCCGCCCGACCUCCAUAUUUCCUCCAGGGCCAUCGACAGCGUCUCUCCGACAAACAAAUAGUGCUAUAUCACAGCAGCAAUCUUCUGCUCUGGCAGCCCGUAUUGCGUCAAAGAAAGCCGAACUAGAUAAUCUGAUUCAGCUCCGAGAUAUGAGUAAUGACCUUGCAGGACAGAUGCAGGCUCUUCAAGCCAAACUCGAAACACUCAAAGAUGGUACAGAAGCUGUGGCAUGCGUACUCGCUAACUGGGAUAAUGUUCUGCGAGCAAUUACUAUGGCCUCGACUAAGUUGACAAUGUUGAAACAAGUGGCUGAACAGGACCCGACCGCUGAUGAGAAGGAUAAUGUGUCGACUGAUAUGCCUUUACCAGCUACACUGGUUCGAAUACCCACGAGUCGAUAA